AUGGCACCUCCAACAGAUCGCAAGCAAAUUCUUGACAACUUCCGCAAGCAGAUCGAUGCCGGAAAGCCUAUCGUCGGAGCAGGUGCGGGCAUCGGCCUUUCUGCCAAGUCGAUUGAAGCAGGCGGCGGCGACCUAAUCAUCAUCUACAAUAGCGGACGCUUCCGAAUGGCGGGUCGAGGGUCUUUGGCAGGACUCAUGCCUUUCAGCAAUGCCAAUGAUGUCGUUGUUGAUAUGGCCAAAGAAGUGCUGCCUAUCGUGGAGCACACCCCCGUCAUAGCCGGAGUAUGUGGCACCGACCCUUUCAAGGACAUGCCUCGAUUCUUGUCACAACUCCGCGACUUGGGCUUCGCUGGUAUUCAGAAUUUUCCUACUGUGGGCUUGAUCGAUGGCCAGUUUCGUGCGAACCUCGAGGAGACCGGCAUGGGUUACGACAAAGAAGUCGAGAUGGUACGACUGGCUGCCGAGAUGGGUAUCCUGACAACACCCUACGUCUUCAACGUCGAGGAAGCCAAGGCCAUGGCUGGUGCUGGAGCCGAUGUUGUUGUCGCACAUAUGGGCCUUACAACCAGCGGCACGAUAGGCGCUCAGACUGGCAAAUCUCUGGAAGACUGCGUCAAGGACGUACAAGCCAUCAAGGAUGCGGCUACCGAAGUCAAGAAAGACAUUAUUGUGCUCUGCCAUGGCGGACCUAUCGCAAAACCGGAAGAUGCGAGGUUCGUUCUGGAGAGAGUCAAGGGUUUGCACGGCUUCUUCGGCGCCAGCUCGAUGGAGCGCCUACCAGUCGAAGACGCAAUCAAGAGUGUGACGGCAGAAUUCAAGGACAUCGCAGUACAAAAAGCGUAA